AUGGGCAUCAAAGGUCUUAUGAGAGUCCUUCCAGAGCUUCCUGUAGGCAGGACAAGAGUUUCCCUUCGCGGCCAGAGUGUGGUAAUUGACGGUCCAGCUCUAGUUCAUCGGCUAUGGGAGGCCUUGAUGCAGGGCAGAGCCACUACAAGUGUCAUACUAGGAGAGGUGACAUACUCGGCGCUGGUUCGCGCCUUUAGCGACUGGCUGGAGGAACUGCGCAGCCAAGAUGUCCAUGUGAGAAAGAUAUACUUUGAUGGAUACUUGCCUCCUUACAAGUGGGAAACAAGAAAGGAGCGUCUUAUGCAACAGACACAAAUCGUGCAGGGUCUGUCCAAAACGUAUCGCCAAGGUAUUGAGCAGCCGACAGACUUCGGACGGGGGUUAGGACCAAGCCGGGUUUCAAGCCUGUAUUUCCCCUCCAGCACCAAGCACUACGUGGACCGUCUGCCGAAGCAUUCUUUCAUGAUUCCUGCGGUUGUUGAGCAUCUAAUGCAAUCCGAAUGGCGGGACAUUGUUCAGGUUGUUCCCGGCGAAGCAGAUGUCUAUUGUGCCCAGGAUGUUCGCCAGAAUGGGGGGCUUUUAUUGACCGCUGAUUCUGAUCUUCUGCUUCAGGACUUGGGACCAGACGGGGCUGUUGUAUUCCUGUGGGAUCUCUUUAAUCCGAACGUCAAGAAGCCCGACACAUGGAAAGAGAACAAACCCAUUGAUCCUGCGUCUGCUUUUGCAAGCGAAUACUACGUCGCAACCACACACUGUCCUGCAGAUGUAGAACGGUAUCUUGGCAUCACUGAUCAGGGAGGGCUACCCAAGUUAAUCUUUGAAUGGCAGCAGCGUGGCGGCAGUCUUCUAGAGGCUCAGGUACGCAUGUUAGCACAGGCGGAGAGUGAAGCCGAUCGGCAGGCCUGGGACGCAUUCUUCGAUGAGCAUCGCUUUGUCGAGUAUGUACCUGAAUCUCAUCCCGUUCUAAAUCUACUGUCCGGUCUCGAUCCUCGCAUAUCCGAAUACAUCAUACAAUCUCUUGAUUUGAAAGUGUCGAGGCAAAGGCCCGCAUCCAAGCUGAUUGCCAAGACACCCAGACGAGCUCCACGGGGCUCUGAGAAACUCUCUAUUUUCCUGCCCGUCAUGGUAGAGGACACCACACUGACGAGCUGCUGGGAGCACAGCCAAGUAACACGACAACUAGCCUAUAGUCUUGCCCAGGGCUUUGCGCAGGAGCAACACGAAACUAUCAUCGAGUACCGCACCCUUCUAUCCACCAACGGCGGUCGGAGGGUAAACAUACCUCAAGCUGACACCACUGACUCAUGGUGCGAGUCACUCAUCUCAACUCUAGACCACCUGGAGAGUACAACGCAAUCUGCGACUGCUUAUAAAAAGUGGCUCGCUUUCGCCCUCUACCAGGAAAUCCAGCACGCAAGAGAAGCAGGCACGAGUUCCCUGACCCUCACAUGCGCAGCCGAAGCCGUCUAUAAACAAAACCCGCAUGACUAUUCGUGGCCGCGCAUCCAUCUCAGUGCUGUGAUCCAGGCUUCAUUCUACUCGCUCAGAAUACUGAAGCAAGUCUUGGGGGUGAGGUCGAGUCUGACCCCAGAUCAGAUGACCAAGACGCAAAAGACGCUGCUCAAACAUCUUGAGACCAUGCCGCCCAUCAUCGAGUGGCCGGGGAUCCUCGGCCUCCACGAUGACCUCUGCGCAUUCGGCAAAGGGGAUUGCCUGGCUGCCAUUUCACAGAUUCUCGGCGUCCCUAAGAUCAUCCUCCAAGACCCUUCCACCCGCAAGAAAAAGAGGUCCCGGGCUUUUUCCAUAAGCGACAAACGCAGGUCACCGCCCAAAAUAGUCAAGUCGACAAAUCCGUUUGAUGCACUCGAGAUGGCCUCGGAGUGA